UCUAGACAGACGCCUUUUCUCCUCCCGGCCCCUUUCCCGGUGGGGAUCCCCUCGGUCUCCCAGUUUUGGUAGUGAGCCCCUGCCAAGGCCAUGAAACUCGUGAGGAAGGACAUUGAGAAAGACAAUGCGGGCCAGGUGACCCUGGUCCCCGAAGAACCUGAAGACAUGUGGCACACCUACAAUCUAGUGCAGGUGGGCGACAGCUUGCGCGCCUCCACCAUCCGCAAGGUACAGACUGAGUCCUCCACCGGCAGCGUUGGAAGCAACCGGGUCCGCACUACCCUCACUCUCUGCGUGGAGGCCAUCGACUUCGACUCUCAAGCCUGCCAGCUGCGAGUUAAGGGGACCAACAUCCAAGAGAAUGAGUAUGUCAAGAUGGGGGCUUACCACACUAUCGAGCUGGAGCCCAACCGCCAGUUCACCCUGGCCAAGAAACAGUGGGACAGUGUGGUUCUGGAGCGCAUCGAGCAGGCCUGUGACCCAGCCUGGAGUGCCGAUGUGGCAGCUGUGGUCAUGCAUGAAGGCCUUGCCCAUAUCUGCUUAGUCACUCCCAGCAUGACUCUCACUCGGGCCAAGGUGGAGGUGAAUAUCCCUAGGAAACGGAAAGGCAACUGCUCCCAGCACGACCGGGCCUUAGAGCGAUUCUAUGAACAGGUGGUCCAGGCCAUCCAGCGCCACAUAAACUUUGAUGUCGUAAAAUGCAUCCUGGUAGCCAGCCCAGGAUUUGUGAGGGAGCAGUUCUGCGACUACAUGUUUCAACAAGCAGUGAAGACCGACAACAAAGUGCUCCUGGAAAACCGGUCCAAGUUCCUUCAGGUACAUGCCUCCUCUGGACACAAAUAUUCCCUGAAAGAGGCCCUUUGUGACCCUACUGUAGCUAACCGCCUUUCAGACACUAAAGCUGCUGGGGAAGUAAAAGCCUUGGAUGACUUCUAUAAAAUGUUACAACAUGAACCUGACCGAGCUUUUUAUGGACUCAAGCAGGUGGAGAAAGCUAAUGAGGCUAUGGCAGUUGACACACUGCUCAUCAGUGAUGAGCUCUUCAGGCACCAGGAUGUAGCCACACGGAGCCGGUAUGUGAAGCUGGUGGACAGUGUGAAAGAGAAUGCAGGCACUGUUAGGAUAUUCUCUAGUCUUCAUGUAUCUGGGGAACAGCUCAGCCAAUUGACUGGAGUAGCUGCCAUUCUUCGCUUCCCUGUCCCUGAACUUUCCGACCAAGAGGAUGAUUCCAGUUCUGAAGAAGAUUAAUGAUUGGAACCUAUAAUUGAGACAGCAUUGUGUCUUCUCUUCUUCACUGUUACACAUUUUCACAGCAUAUUUGUGACAGAAAGCUGCAGCAGUGGCACUUUGUGAUUCUCACGGGGAUUUCUCCUGUAUUUGGUCACAACUAGAUACUUUGUGGUUGGCAGGACAUGUAUUCAAACUAAACAAUGAAUUAAAAGGAAAUCAUCUCCAUGUAGUGCCAUCUUUAUUAGGAUAAUUUUAUAUAGGAAUUACGAGUUAUUUGCAGUACUUAGAAAAAUUUUAUAUAUUUAAUAAGAAAGCCUAUUUAUUUGGGAUAGAUUAUAAAAUGCCAUACUUUGUGCUUGAAAUAGUUUUCCUUAGGAAAAACUUUUUAAUAUUUCACUAUCCUCAGUUUACAUUGUUUAUGUUCUGCGUAGUGUUCUUGCACUGUGUUUAAUGACCCCUUUUCUCCCCACUGCCCCUACACUCAAUUUUUUUGUAAUUUAUUUGCUAUUUUAAUUUUGUUAUAUAGCCAAAUAAUUAGUAGACUUUUCUUGAAGGCAUGUUUAAAAUGGUAUUUUUUUAGAGAGUUGUUAAAGCAAUCAUGUUAAAAGUAAACCCUUGUCUGUGUGUGUGUGUGUGUGUGUGUGUGUGUGUGUGUUUAAGAAUCAAUCAUACUUGCUUUAGAGGACCACUUGGUAAUUUUUUUCUCAUAGAGUUUUGAUCUACUAGGGAUUCUCAAGAUAAUCUAAUUGAGGCACCUUUAUUUUUAAAAUGAGACUAAAGUAUGUGAUUUGCUUAUUAUAUGGCUAAUUAGUGGCAAAGCUGGAAGUAAUCCAAUCUGGACUUCAUUUCUUUGCAUUGUCACAUUAUAUAUGUACUUAUUUUGGGCUUGUCAUAAUUAUACUUCAUAACUGUCUUAUAUUUGUAUGUGGCAUUAGUCAGUGCAUUCUUAUUGAACUUUCUCUACACCCUAUUUUAGGGCUGAGAAAACCUGUUCAGAAAGUUUGAGUAAGUCACAUUGAUAAUAUGUGGCAGUUGACUUGUACUCCAAUACUCUUUACUCUAUUUAGGGGAUUUCUGCAAAUACCUGAGAGUUUAAAAUACUCUUUAUUAAAUGCUUUUGAUGUUCAUUUCUAAGAAUUGGGAGGGAAUUGCAUCUUGACCUUUUACAAACCUCAGUUUAGUGAAAUGAUGAGGAAAGGCCUUCUGAAGAAAGAGUAAUUAAUUAAUUUAUAAUUUAAGGAUUAGUGAUGCCUACUUCUGUUAAGGAUACUAAGUAAUGUCUUGAUUGUCCUUUCUGUGUCUGGGCCUUUCUUCUGGUAUAAGUACCAAGUUUGAGAAAUAUUUUUUAUAAAUUAAGCUAAUCUGAACCUUUUUAUCUGUAAUUAGGAAUAGACACCUGCAUGUAUUUCAAAAUCACAUUUUUGUGUAUCUACCUCCUAAAAGUAAUUCAGAUUGUCAUUUCAUUAUAUUCUAUAAGUAUCUAAAAUAUGUUAUUAAAUAAUUUGGUAGGAGUAUAGAAAUUAAGCCUCUAAGAUUCUUAAUGUUAUAACCUGAUUGAUAAUGAAUCACAUUCUCAAUAAGAAUUUGGAGAUUUGAGGCAUCAAUUACACUCAAUCUACACAAUACUAGUUAUUCUCAGGCCUGUUAUUUAUGGUAAUAGAAACCAGGGGCAGUAAAACCUACCAAUAACUAACAAAUACAUUUUAGGCCAUAGGCUCUCAAAUUUAGUUGCUUGUUAGCCUGACCUCGGGAUUUAAAACUCAGUGUCGAGACUGGACCCAGACUAAAUAACCUUGCACCCCUAGAAAUUUUUUAAACCUCCACAGGUGAUUCCAAAUAGGUAUUAAAUCUUAGAACCACUGAUUCAAGCCUUGCUAUUCAAAAGUGUGGUCCAUGGACAAGAGCAUGAGAGCUUGUUAUAAACUAGAAUCCAGGACCCUACCCUGGAGCUACUGAGUUGCAAUCUCCAGUUGAUUGCUUUAUAUAAUCAAAUCUGAUAAACAUAGGCAAUGGCUUAUUCUCUCUGCACUAGUAAAUCCUGGCUGGGGUUGCCAGCCGUAGAAAAAUAGAUUUGAAUUAUAAGCUCUUUGAAGAGAGUUAAUUGGCCAAUAUUCAGUUUUUUAUGAAACUUCUAUAAAAAAGCCUGCUAUAUGUCUAUAAAGUACUUAAAAUACCCUUCAGAAUUCCUAUGUUUACAGUUACAUUUUAUACCAUUAAUAGUGUAAAUCUUUUAAAGUGUAUAGAUAGAAAUGUCAAAAUACUGAAAGGAGCAUAUAAAAUAAAAAAUUCUAUUAAAAUUUUUACUAUUCUUUAAAAGCAAAAUGAACCAUAAGUCUUUGGAAACCAUAUAUAACAGUCUAAUACCUAUUUAUAAUGAAUUGUUAUUCAUUAAUAAGGAAUGAUGGGUAAUAAAUGAAAAUGUUACUGUAACAUACCUCCCUAUUGAAUGCAAUAUUUGUACUAUAGAUUCACACUUUGAUUUUCUACCCCCAUUAGGCACAAUAAAUGAGAAGCUUGCAAA